AUGGGUUUUGAUGAUCUGCUUGUAGUUCAUGUGGGGGCAGGUUUUCACUCUCCAAAACUCAAUUCAUCAUAUAAGAAGCUCAUCAAAUCAGCAUUACAAUGUGAUCUGAUACAGGAUGUCGCAUCUAUAGUGGAAAAGGAUCCAUUAACCAAUACUGGGUUCGGUUGUAAUGUCGAUAGAAAUGGACAUGGCUCGCUGGAUGCCUCUUACAUCCGAGUGAGGCACGAAAAGGUGACUGAGGCAAUUGCACUAUUGCAAAUAAGCAACGACAAUCCGACAGAGACAGUGUUGGAGGCUGUGAAUUGGCUCGAUCAGGAGUAUGCCAAAGACUCAAUAUCAUCUCUGUUGGGGCUCCUGAGGCCGCUUAUGAUGGAGUAUCGAGAUUUACAGAAAUUUAGAGGUAUGGGAAUUGAAGAUGAGGCCGAUUUGGUUCGACCCUCAACGAGAAAAGCGUACAAAAGAAUUGCGGCCUUGUUCGGACAACAAGCACAAGAAUCAGAUGUCAAGGCAGAUCAACCCAAUAAUACCCGAACAAAACGCAAGAAUCAAACGACAAAUAGCAAUCUUUCUAUUGGGAAGCGGAAAAAAAUGAGUGAUUUGGAAGCAGCGACGCUGGAAGCAGAAUCGGCAACCGACGAGUGCAACGUUCAAGAUACGGUUGGAAUUAUGCACUUCAAUUCAGAGGGCUACGAAUUAGCGUCUUCUUCAGGAGGAACCUUUUUUCGCAUUCCUGGAAGAGUCAGUUGUGCGGGCGUGCUUGGCGCUGGCAUUGCCUUCAGUUGCGUUAACCAUAUCAAGGUAUCAACGAUGUGUACCGGAAACGGAGACGACAUAACACGAAUGAAUUUAGCUUCUUAUCUCAGUGACGCAUUCACUACUCAUUUGGAUACAUUGUCAGAAGAUACCCCCGAUUUUGGAAAGAUAUUGAUAGAGAUGGUGCUACGAAAGUCUAAGCAAUAUGAACUAUCUGGAGUUGACCAUAACAAUGAACCAUCGAUAUAUUUAGGAGUAAUCAUGGUGAUAGAAACUCGCGAGUACAAACGAUUGGUUUACUGUCAUAGUACUGAGUCAUUUUACUUUGGAUUCAAACUGAAGGGAGGGACAGAAAUUGUUUUAAGCCGAAAGGACAACAACUCAAACAAGUUUUUAUAUGGUGAAUAUAUUCUAUGA